AUUGAAGUUUUCAAUUGCCUUUUAAGUUUCUGACUUGGAUCAAUUACAAUUUUAUUCCAUUAAGAUCAUAAGAUCGUGACCAACGACCCAUUUUAACAAAGAUGAGCUGUAGUCUUUUUCCCCCCCAAAUUUCUGCAUUUUGCAUUGAUUUACUGAUUAUAUGAAUUAAAUACCCAUUGGUUCAAGAGGAACUGUUUCAGGAGGCUUCAUUUUAAUAAUCUCCAUUAUCAUCUUAGCUAAUUUGCACAGCCCCUUCAGUGGAAUCCAAAACUUUGAGGUUGCCUGCAAAGAUGGAAACCCAAUCAUCAGAAUUUCAGAAGAUGAUUAUGUUUUCAGAGAAAUUUCCUACAAAAAUCACGCUUUUCGUUUGACAAAUGCUUUGGUUUACAAUGUGAACUCCCCGACUCCUCUUCAUAAUUUCAGCCUCCACCAAACCCCCUUCAAUUACAGUUCAAAUCCUAGUGGUUUAUUUCUUUUUUCUACAACUGUACUUCCAUUCCUCCCGAUUAUAGAUACCCAAUUGGUUGUUCUAGCACAAGCAAACUUCAUUCUUUUGUUGCUUUGGAUGAUGGAUCUUUGGCGUCCAGGAACUCCUCUUACCAUUCUUGUCAACACUCGGUUACGUGCCUGUGCACUUCAGUAAUGAUGAGGAAAGGGACUAUCCAGUGUUGUUGAAGAAGAGUUACACUGAAGUGUUGAAGAUAGGAUUCAGUUUAAGUUGGAGUGCCCAGAAUUGUAGCAACUGUGAGACAAGUAGUGGCUGAUGUGGGUUCGAAAGGAACCGGUUUGUUUGCUUUGGUGCUGAUGGACCUCAUCUCGAAACCUGCAAAGACGAAAGCGACCUUGUAGCAAGGACCAUCAGCAGAAGGAGACUAUGUCUUGUUCAAUUUCCAGAUCAACACCCCCCAAUCCUCUAUUCACGUUCGUGAGCCUGUACGGAAAUGAAAAAUUCCCUCCCUCUCUUCCUCUUCUUCACAAUCCUUUUGUUUGAUCUUCAUCUCUGUUACGCUGAUGAUUCCCACGAUGAAUUCAAAGCUUGCGGUGUGUAUUACAACUGCGGUGAUUUGGUUAACAUCUCCUAUCCAUUUUGGGGGAAUGAUCGCCAAUCCAUUUGCGGUCACCGAGAAUUCCGCCUCACUUGCAAAGACAACGAAACCACUACGAUUCAAAUCAAUUCUCAGCAAUAUAUUGUUGUGAACAUCAGUCAAUCGGAUCAUAGAAUGACGAUCACAAGAUCAGAGCUGUUCUAUGAUUACUGCCCUAACAAUGAAAUUGGACUGGCGACAUUGGAUUUUAGUCCGUUCAGGUAUUCUUCGAACGAUCUGAAUCUGUCCGUGUGGUACGAUUGUCCGGUGCUGCCGGGAAUCCCGCCGAAUCUGGAAUUUGAGUGUGGAUCGGAAGGGGAAAGAAAUGGGAGAGCGAAUUAUGCUUUGGCGGAGAAUGAAGCGAUGAAUUGGAGUUCAUAUAACGGAGGUUGUAGAAUUAAAAUCGAAGUGACGAUUACGUCGAAGGUAUGGAGGGAAGGGAAAACGAACAGAACGAUAGUGGUGGAAAGGGGAAUGAAAGAAGGUUUUGAAGUUGAAUAUGGGGAUUUUAACACCAUAGCUUGCGAGGGAUGUAAGGAAUUCGGGGGGGCGUGUGGCAGAAACGCAACAAAAGAAUUUCUAUGCACUUGUAAAAGUGGAGAUAUACAUCCUUAUGUUUGCAAACCUCCGCCGACUACUCCUCCGGAAAAAAUUAGAAGAAUAUGGGUUAAGGCCUUCAUAGCACUUUCGGGAACUACCGGUCUGAUAAUCUUUAUAAUCAUCAUCGGCAUCUGCUACACAAGAAAAAACAAAUCAAACAAAGAUAAAAUUGAGGAGAGUAUAAGAAGAUAUUCCACACUAAUGCCCAAGCGAUAUAGUUACUCAAAGUUGAAGAAAAUCACAGACUCCUUCAAGAACAAACUUGGCCAAGGAGGAUUUAGCACUGUCUACCGAGGAAAGCUACCUGACGGACGUGACGUGGCUGUGAAACUUUUGAAUGAGUCGAGAGAAAAUGGCCAAGAUUUCAUCAACGAAGUUGUUAGCAUCACCAGAACUUCACAUGUAAAUAUAGCCUCACUCUUAGGCUUCUGCUUUGAGAGGAAGACAAGAGCUUUGAUUUUUGAAUAUAUGCCUAGAGGGUCACUAGACCAAUAUAUAUCCCACAAAGGGUCAGACAGAAACAAUGUUGAGUUGGAUUGGAACACACUUUAUAGCAUCAGUAUCGGUGUGGCACGGGGAUUAGAAUACUUGCACCGUGGUUGCAUAACAAGGAUUUUACAUUUUGACAUUAAACCACACAACAUACUUUUGGAUAGUGAUUUUUGUCCAAAGAUCUCAGACUUUGGGCUUGCCAAGCAAUGUAGAGCUAAAGAAAGUCAUGUAACAAUGACGGGUGUGAAAGGGACGGUAGGAUUUAUUGCACCUGAAGUAAUAUUCAGGAACUUUGGUAAGGUAUCUCACAAGUCUGAUGUAUAUAGCUAUGGAAUGUUGGUUCUUGAAAUGGUGGGAGCAAGAAAGAAUCCAAAUGAUGGAGUGGGGCAAGGCAGUGGAGAGUACUUUCCUGAUUGGAUCUAUAAUAAUCUUACACAAAGUGAAAUAGAUGAAGGCUGUUUGCGGGGAAACACAGAAGAAGAAAAGGAGAUGACAAGAAAAAUGGUAAUCGUGGGACUACAUUGUAUUCAAACAUUGCCUGACGACAGGCCGUCGAUGACCGGUGUUGUUGCAAUGUUGGAAGGCAGUGUGGAUGGCUUACGGGUUCCUUCAAAACCCAACUUGUUUGGACCUCCAACCUUUGAGCAUCCCCAACCUUCUUCCUCUUCAUCAAAUGGAAUUCCUAAUGAUAGUUUGAUAUUCUAGCAGAGAAGCAUCACAACAACAAUCAUAUUUACCCUCAAAUGAAGUUUCUUAGCUUUCAUGUCCUUUAUCCCUUUUGAGCGAUACGAACUUGUAUAUAUGAUUUGGUGACAAUAAGGAAAGUAUAACGUGGAGGGAAAUUGCAAUUGAUUAAUGUUUAA